AUGAACCAAUCACAAGUGACGUCUCCCUUCUCCUGCAACGUCAGCCCCAGCGCGGAGCCCGACCUGUUCAUCGGCGUCACCAAGAGCGAGCCCUACCACGUGGCCAUCCCCAUGACCACCUUCUACAGCCUGCUCUUCGUCUUCGGCGUGGCCUCCAAUGGCGUGAGCAUCCUGACGCUGCUGACCAGCCCCCGCAUGCGGGCCAGUGCCAUCCGGCCCUACCUGCUCAGCCUGGUGCUCUCUGAUGUCCUGCAGCUGCUCACUGUGCCUGUCACCCUCUACCGCUACUACUGGGAGAGCUACCCCUGGCGGCUGGGUGAGCCGCUCUGCAAGGUCUACUUCAUGAUCCGCCAGAUGUACUGCGCCACCACGAGCUGGACCAUCCUGGCCUUCACUGCCGAGCGCUACAUGGCCAUCUGCCACACCAUGUGGUCCGUCUCCAGCCUGCAGCGGACCCACCUGCCCUGCCUACUGGCCUGCAUCUGGCUCCUCUCCCUGGCCUCCUCUGUGCCCUUUGCCCUGGUCUACGGCCAGGCCCGGGCCUGCAUCAUGGACUACACCGCCACCUCGCCCGAGGAGGCCUUCAUGGUGUCCACCAUGUGCGAGGUGACGGAGGGGGAGCCCUCGCCGGUCUACAGGGCGGCGCUGCUGAUGAGGGCCGUCCUCUGCUUCUUGGUGCCGCUGGUGGCCAUCUUCACCCUCUUUCUCCUCAUCAUCUCCCACCUGCUGAGGAACAGCCGUCAGAGGACGGCCAUGGGCCUCACCAGGAUGGUGGCCGGGGGACGGGGACAGCCCUCCCCCGGCCCGAAGAAUGGGAAGCUGCUCUUCAACGAGAGGCGCGCUCUCCGGCUUAUGGGGGCAGUGGUGGUGGCCUUCUUCGUGUGCAACUUCCCCGACAUGGCAUCUUCACUCAUGCAGGUGUACAUUGAGGUAUGGUCCGACACAGUGCUGAAGGUCUACACAGUGCUGAAGUCCUACCUGUCCCUGCCGCUGUGGUACGUCAACAGCGCCCUGGACCCCAUCCUCUUCUGCAUCUCCUCUGACACCUUCCGCGGGGCGUGCUGGAGGACCCUGGGGCCACUGCGGCCCCGCUGCCCAAGGCCCUGCCGCGGGGGGCAGGGGGUGGCCACGCCCGGCAAGCUGAGCCGGACGUCCUCGCGGACCGUCAGCGUGUCCGGGCGCGAGGCGGGCGAGUGCGCGGGGCUGCGGCCACUCCACGGCGACCCGCGUCUGCUGUCACUGCGCAGCCUCACCCUGGAGGAGUGCGGCGAGCGCCCACACUUCCUGCAGCAGGUCCCGCCCUGA